ACCUUUAUUCAAGACUUACACAUGGACAUGCAACCUGAGCUCAACAACAAUCACUGCCACAAGGAUCUGAAGACUCAACUUCAUUUUCCCCAUAAGAUUAUAACCCGCCUUAAAAUAACACGGCAGAGAAGUCGUUCCAGCUCCGAUGUCAGUCAACAAUUACUGGAACCCAAGCCAGUGUCAAAUGCUGUGAAAAGGCAUGGAUCGUUUACGGAGAGUGUGAGUCGGCUGGCCGUGAAACAUGACCGGUUUGUACGAAGGCUGUCCGACUCCUUCUAUUCUGUGAGGUGGGAUAGCAGUAAGAUGAACAUCCCCCAUCGUAUCCUCACACCUGACGACCCGGACUCUAAGUCCCUGGGUAAACCCCUGGAAAGUGACAGCAGCUGUGAGUUUGUUACACCACAGUCAUCCUUUGCUGAUGCAAUCAGCCAGGGCAGUGAGGAGUCCUUAGAUAAACAAUCUUGUCUGCCUCACAUGAAAAGCUUUGAUGCAGUGGUGUUCGAUGUGUUGCGAGUUUCACCAGAUGAAUUUGCUAGCCAGAUUACUCUGAUGGAUUUACCUGUGUUCAAGUCUAUACUGCCAGAUGAAUUAACAUCGUGUGCAUGGACUACGAAAGAAAAACUCAUCAAGGCUCCAAAUGUUGUCGCAUUUACCAGGAGAUUUAACCAUGUAAAUUUUUGGGUUCAACGUGAAAUUCUAACCUGCCAGACAUUAAAAACUAGGUCAGAUGUGUUAGCCCAUUAUAUAAAGAUAGCAAAGAAACUUUUAGAUUUAAAUAAUUUACAUGCAGUUAUGGCAGUACUGUCGGCAUUACAAAGUGCAGCAAUAUUUCGGCUGUCCAAGACAUGGAUGAUGUUGUCAAGGCGAGACAAAUCAACGUACGAGAAGAUUGCAGAUCUAUUUUCAGAAAACAGUAAUCGACAAAAGUUACGAGACUAUAUGGACAAUGUUAAACACCCAUGUGUUCCUUACCUAGGUCUUUACCUGACCGACCUGAUUUAUAUAGAUGUUGCCCAUCCCCACUCUGGAGGCUUGGAGAGUCACCCGCGCCGCAUUCAGAUGAAUAAUAUCCUCCGUGUGAUUGCCGAUCUCCAGCAGUCAUCUUACGACCACUUACCUGUGCUUGACCAUGUCCAAAACUACCUGCGCUCAGUUAGGUACAUAGAGGAACUACAGAAGUUUGUGGAAGAUGACAACUACAAACUUUCUCUGAAGGUGGAACCACCAAUGUCUACUCUGUCUACAUCCAAGGAAGAUGUACAGAUAAUGGUGGCACCCCCUUCCCCGGCAACAGAGCCACGACAUAGUAACCAUCUGACUCCCAGUGCCACGGCUGCUACAACAAAGCAGGUCCAAUGCCACAGGAAAACCAAAAGCUUAAGUGCCAACUUCAUGAGUAAUGGACAGCAGAAGCAAUCAGCAGAAAAAACAUUCAGUCUGCCAUCCAAGACAACAGCACCAUACAUCCAGGGGAUUCGUCACCUACUGGACGAUAGCGUACUAGAGGAGUCUCCCUGUGCUUCCAGCGAUGGGUCAAUUUGUGGCAAGUUCUCCACUACCACCACUGAAGGGUCUGAAGUAUUCGAGACAAAUUCUGUUGAUCAGCCUGAGAUGUUCUGGCCGGCUAGAAAUCAUAUGACUUGGAGGGAGUCAGAUGACAUCCAGGAUAAUUUCCAACAGAGCUUUACUUGUGAGGGGUGCUUACGGAGGAAGACGAUUCUCAAAGAGGGAAAGAAACCCACAGUAACAUCGUGGACAAGGUACUGGGUUGCUCUGUGGGGAACAUCCCUGCUUUACUAUCCAGCUAAAUCUCUACGAGGAGGUGAUCGUCAAUCUUUUAAAACCAACCCCAGUAAGAUGACAUCUGUUGUUGGCUGGAUGGUUGUCAUGGGGGAUAAUCCACUUCAACCAGAUGCAUUCCAGUUAACAGACCCUAUGAAAGGUAAUGUGUACAAGUUCCGGGGAGGCAGCCAAGCCCAAGCAUUAACAUGGUGUCGACAUCUCAGUGAGGCUACAAAACGCUUCCAACCAAAGACACCUACAAAUCUCAUGUCAUUCGACUGAAGCCUACCUUGCUUGGGAUCCGGACAUGUCGCCAUAACUGUGAUAAAUCCAGUGACCAUGAGAAAGGUUGACCUUGACAUUCCCAAGCUCAAGGUCAUCCCAAACCAGUGUCUGCUGGCCAGAUACACAGACACAAGGAGCCUCUGUUGAGCUUUCCCAAUAUUCAUAGCAGUCAGCUUGUGCUUAGUGGUGUCUGACCUACAGCCAUUUGUGCCAAAUACUGAUGUUUGUAGAACAUCAACAUCAGCUUUGUUCAUGGUUACCGUUUGCUGGAACUGUUGUUUCUCUGACCAGGGCAGACAAGUUACAGAUUCUCACAUGACACUGUGUGGCUACCUAGGGGAUGGUUAGAAGAUACCCUUCAAAUACUCGGUGGAUUUCUAACGUACCCAGUGGAUACUCAGUGGAUAGCCAGUGGAUGCCCUGUGAAUCUGCUAAAAUACUCGUCAGUUAUAUUUCUACCCAUGGAAACAGGGUGUGAAGUGGACUAGAGAUUGUGUUUGACAUUGAUAAGCAGAUUAUUGCAAGAAUUGCUUGUCGAUGUCCGACUUCUUCGUAUGUGUUUACAGGGUUCAUAGAUGAAGAAUACUCAAGUCCCACAUGUCAUAAUAGAAACAAUGAACAAAAGCAAUGCAUUAUUUUUGUUUGAUGAAGACACGACGUCUUUUGAUGUGCCAGUAUAUGUGUUGUGUUAUAAACAAGGUGUUCUCUGACAUCACUGGACAUUCCUUAAUAUGCCUCCAGCUUGUACCUUUCUAUAAUAUGAUGGUCAGACUGCUUUAUAUGUUUUGUGCAAUUUUCAUUCUCUGAUAUUUUUUCCGAUAUUUUCAUAAAAUACUAUGGUCUGUUCAGUUACCCUACAAUUGGACAUACAAAUGUAACUACUCUAGUCCACUUGCUACAGAAAGGGAUAGUUUAGGGUGACUGCAUUUUUACUUAGAAAACAUUUUUCUAUUUCAGUAAUGCGAGGGUGUUGGGGACCAGUGCUAUGUUAGUGCUUUUGCUAGAAAAAAAAGUUAAUUUGGGAGAGAUUGUUCUUAAACAUUGUUAAAUAUAGUGAGAACAAAAUCAUUUUGCUCCAAUAGUUUUGAAACUUUCUUGGUUCUAGAGGUUUUCAGAAAACACUUAAAUGUUAGACAUGCAUUGACACAAGGCUUUUCAGAAAGUUUUAGUAAAAGUUUUUGCUCUGAUUUUAGACCUUUAAUUGUUAAACAAUGAGAAACAUUUUUAAAUAUUAUUUUAAAAUGAAAUAUUAGUUUUAAAUAUGAUUUUGUUGCUGUUGUAUCUAAUACAAAGAGUGAAUUUAAAAUCUUGCAGAGACAUACAGAAAUGAAUUUUAGAUGUAUUUCUAGAGCAAGAAAUACUUUCACUUGCACACUUUCAUUCCCUGGGAAAAGAUAGAACCAACCUAUGUAGGAGACUCGAUUAAAGGGAGGUAAUCUCAAUCUUUUUUAAAGGGAGGAAAUCAUAAUCCUUUUAUAGUAAAAUAAAUUUUUAGGAAUUUUCCUUUUUAUACAAACAGGAAUGUGCAAUCAUUGGAUGUCUUUAUUGGUGUUUUAGUCAUUCCAUACAGGACACAGUUGGUCACUCUGUAAUCAAUGUUGGACAUAAAAUAUUAUUGAUAUCAGUAUAUAGGUUAGGGCAGCCAUGUUUGUUUUCUACAACAAUUACGGCUCAAAUCACUGUCUUUACUUUUUAAGAUAAAUUGUUUCGUUUCUCAGACUAGAACAAGUAGAAAUGGCAUAAUGUCAGCCUCUUACAAGCUUAGGGGAAUUUCCUCUGUUAUGCUGACUUCACAUCACAGGUUGAACAUAUUCCACAAAGAAGAAUAUUUGUCUUGUCAAUUUGAGGCUCUCACUGAACAGGCAGACUAUUGAAAUCUUCAAGGUGGAUUAUCCUAUUUAGAGGUUUAAGGUUAGCAGUGAAUAGGAGAAAUCAGUCAUCCAGACCUCUCACUAAGCAAGAGAAGUCUGGAUGAAAGCGGGGUUUUUUUUGUGAUUUUUUCGGGUAAACCAGUUUUACAGUGUGUUUGGGGCUGUAUGUUUCUAUACUAGCUCCAUAUAACAAAAACUGAGAGGUCAUUUGAUGGACAUCUCUAGUUUAUUUUGGCGGUGUAUUUAUAGCAUGUGUCAUACUUUCAUGGUAUAAAAGUAUGUCUUCCAAUAGUUUCAUUAAUAUAUUUUUUUGGCCAUUCUUCAUUGUGAUGCCUACAUUUAUAUUUUGUAACUUCAGUACUAGAUAUGUUACGUUGCCUACAUGUAUGUAAUGUACUAGUUUCACCACGCUUAUGAAAAUUAUUUUUUUGAAUUGGAGACAUAAAUUUAAAACCAUGUUUCAAAUGCCAUCACUGAUCCGACUCAUGUAGUUGCCAUGGAUACAGAAUUCAAGAUUUUGAUUGCAGACAAUUUCAGACAUGUGCCUUUAUAUAAAAUAUGUAUCUGUCUUCCACGCAUUUAUCAGACCUACUUAAAAGAAUUUGUAGUGUAUCUGGUUUUAUAUAAGCUAGUGUUUAGUCUAUAGACCAUACGCUGGUAGGAGUCACAUCAGACCCAGGAAGUCUCUCAAUUAACUUAUAAGACGACUACUGGCAGUGUUACACAAUGAUAGACUGCCACAUAAAGUGGGUGGAGACAAUUAAGAUAUGUUUAUAUACAGUUACACAAAUGAAAUUUCAGCUGUACUGCAUUAUUGAUAUUUGUAUCUCAAAUGUGUAAAAUCACAGGCCUGGGCUAACCUAAGUCUGUGGUAAAAUAUACCAAGAUAUUUUUGCCAUUGAGAUUAACUUGCUAUGAAAUCCAACGACAGAAGUGUUUUGCUUUUGAUUUGCAGUAAGUUAUUAUUUUUACUAUUUAUUGUGAAGUCUUGAUUGAGAUUCUAUUUUACAGAAUCAGUUCCAGGUAUCUGGGCCAAUAUUUUUAGUAUCAACAUGUCCAUCAACAUAGACUCACGAAGACAUGGGUCUUGUGAGCUUUCCAGGUUUCUUCCUCUCAUGUUUUAACAAAACUGGUCCCAGUAAUUACCUACCUGUAACACUGAAUCCUUGGAGAUAAAUGAAUAAUUGUUGCUAUAUAUGGAAGGUUUAGCAGUAAGUUACAACUCUCAAACACAGCAACAGCUUUAAGCUUACUUUUUGUCUUGUGGUAGCCUCUACAUGAAAUCUCGUAGUCAAUGCAAACGUUCCUUAAGUAAUCAACUGCUGAAUUCUCCCUCACCCUUCCCCUCCUCCGAAUCACUAGAUACAACAUAUAUACACUGACAUAGUAUCCCAAUGUAGUCAAACAUCCAAAUGAUGCUGAUUUUCAUCAUGUCCUUUACUUUUGGCAUAACAUUGUAUCAUUUUUUUGUGUUAAAGGUAAGAACUUGUAAUAUUGGAUCUAGUUUCAGUACUGAUCUGAAGUUCUUUUUGAGAUGAUCUUUGAUCUGUUAAAACAUAAUUGGUAUAAACAUACAUUUAUCAUACUAAUAUUUCACAGUCCAGUACUAAUGUUGUAUGAGUAUACUUGUUGUAGCAUGCUUCAUGCACCUCUGUAAUGUCCUACAUAUAGUAGUACUCGUGUGUAAUGUAACUCAUGGCAAGUGUUAAUCCUGCAUGGUGUUACACAUAUGUAAUGUUACAUAUGUAUGUUGUUAUACAUGUGUAUGGUGUUAUAUAUGUAUGAUGUCACAUGUAUGGUAUUACACAUGUAUGGUAUUACACAUAUUACACAUGUAUGGUAUUACACAUGUAUGGUAUUACACAUGUUAUAUUAUGCGUUUAGUAUUACACAUGUAUGGUAUUACACAUGUAUGGUGUUACACAUGUAUGAUGUUACACAUGUAUGGUAUUACACAUGUAUUGUGUUACACAUGUAUGGUAUUACUCAUGUGUAGUCUUGAACUUACAUGUUUAGAGUAACACUGUACAUAUUGUUACACAUAUAUAGUGUGAUAAUG